UAUUGACUAAUUUGUAAACAGCAUAGAAUGUGUGCAACUGCCCCAAAGAAAAAGGCGGAAAAUUCAGUAUGCUGGAGGAAUCCAACACUUGUUUCCGCAAUACUGAGGAACUACAACCACUUCAAUCGCAUCGCUCCUUUUCUUCUUCAUCAAGGUCAUGGUCUAAAUACAACGGCAGCCACUUGCAUGGACAUACUUUAACGAAUCAUAUAUUGAAGGAUAUAAAAUCAAAAAGCUGUCUUCAAAUCCUAGAUUAAGGGCCUUACGACAAUACCUGAGAGGAACAGAGAAAAACUCUUGAUUGUAAUAUUUGGUUUGAAGCCGCAAAAAUGUCCAGUGGAGAUGGAAGAAUAGUCUCUUCUGAAGAUAUACAAAUGGUGCAAAAUCGAAUAGAGCAGUGUCUUCGGCAUUACAUGAGUCAGAGAGAAGUUCUGGAAACUCUCUUCAUUCAGGACAAGAUAGAGCCGGGAUUUACUGAACUUGUUUGGCUGAAACUGGAAGAAGAAAAUCAAGAAUUUUUCCAGGCGUAUCACCUGAAACUGAUGGUGAAAGAGCAAAUAAUGGAAUUCAACAAGUUGCUUGCAGAACAGGUUAAGAUGACUCAUCAAUUACCAAGUCUAGCUUUUCAAUACUUUUGCAAUAACAACAACAACAACAACAAACCCAGUGUAAUCCCACAAGUGGGGUCUGGGGAGGGUAGUGUACGCAAACCACUGCUACCUUGUGAAGUUCAUCAAAAUUUGGCAUGCCGUGCUGUAGAAAAUGUUGGAUAUACUUCAAAGGCUGAACACAUGCAUGAGUCAAUUCCUACCAGCUUACCCAACACUUUCAGUAAUUGCAGCUCGGCAGUUCUUUCCUGCAUGCAAACCGCAGAUGAUGUUUCUGCACAAAGCAGGAAGAUUAAUGUCACUCCAAAUAUCUUGUCGGCCCAAACCUCGAAUAUGGGGAUGAGACGAACAUUGGAGGGAAAGAUUAUUAAGACAGAACCGAACUAUGCUAACAAUUCUCAUUUCAAUAUUGGUGCUCAUAGCAGUUUCUUGGAGUCACGUUCUGCACUGGGUGGUGCAUCUAUUUCGUCAGUUAAUAGCAUGCAGUCGAACUCACAACCUCUUAACAGACUUCCAGAUGCUGACACCACUUCAUUUGGAUUUUUAGGGGAAAUUCCUCAAAAUUUUGGUCUCUCAGACUUGUCAGCUGACUUCUCUAAUAGUUCUGAUAUACUAGAGAGCUACUCUAGGACUCCCUUUCUAGCAACAGACACAGGCAACUUGCUUGAUCCAAAUGGAGACAUUGAGAGGUUAACCAAUGUAUCAGAUAGCUUGCAGUAUGAAGGUUUUGCUGGCGAUUGAUUCUAUUGAUCCAGCCUCAGUCACACGUUCAAGACAAUAAUUUUUGUAAAUGCUUUUGAAGUGGUUCAGGAUUUUUCACUUUUAAUGUUAUGGAUUGAGGUUUUCGGAUAUUAUAAUCUAAAAUGAUUAUUUUCAUGAACAUGCUUGUACAAAGUUAAAUGUGAAUUAGCUGGUUGAUACUUAAGCAAGUGAUAGUAUAAAUGUCACUCAAUGCCCAUUA